AUGGAGUCGCAAUAUACUCUCAUUGUGCUCCUGUUUACAUUGAUCACCCAAGUAUUGGCCCACGGUUACCUCAAGAGCGUUGCGAUAGACGGCACGACUUACGAGGGCAAUGUCCCCGAUCAGACUCCCAGUAAUAGCCCAAUCCGCCUCAUCGAUAGCGUUGAGCCUGUCAAGGGCGCAUCGAACCCGAACCUCUCCUGCGGACAGGAUGCUCAGAACGCAGCGCUCGUUGUGCCCGCCAACCCUGGGAGCCAAGUCGCUUUCUCUUGGGCUUCUGGUGGCGGCGGCAACUGGCCGCACAACACCGGUCCGCUCAUGACUUACAUGGCCGUGUGCGAUGGGACUACGUGCGACAAGUUCGAUGCUUCGAACGCCCGGUGGUUCAAGAUCGACGAAGCCGGACAGAAGAGCGACAGUUCUGGUUGGGUGCAAGCGGAUAUAAUGAACGGUCAAUCAUACAGUAUCACGCUCCCUAGCGACAUUGCAGCCGGAGACUAUCUUAUCCGCCAUGAGAUCAUUGCUCUCCAAGGUGCAGUGUCUGUGGGCGGGGCCGAGUUCUAUCCGUCCUGCACACAAGUUCGCGUUGGUGGCAACAACGAUGGUGCUCCCAAUGCUACCGUCAGCUUUCCUGGAGCGUACUCCGACACCGACCCUGGUAUCUUGACACCUAAUGUUUACAAUCCUGGCUUCGAGUACGUUUUCCCUGGUCCUCCAAUUGCUUCAAUCGGUUCUGGAAAUGGCAACAACGCCGUGUCCAACAGUGGCGCUCCUCCCGCUCCUUCAUCUACUGCUCCCACUUCUUCCGCUCUUCCUUCGUCGUCGGCCUCUAUCUCGGACGUUCCCACGUCCGCCCCAGGUCCCAGUCCAACCUCGGCUUCUACUUCCGUCGCAUCUCCCUCUUCAUCUAGCACCAGCAACUCAGGUAGCUGCGGUGACUGGAAAUCUAACGAUAAUUGGGCUCGGGACACCUACCGCCCGCGCCGCUUUGUGAAGACCAGGCGGUCUGGACUUCACUGA